AGGCAGGAGACUGAAUCUCUUUUGGACGAUUCUCAAGGACGAUUACGUACUCAACAUCUCUGUAAUGAUAACCGUCUAGACGUAGAGUUAACCCCACUGUUGACCACAGCUCCUCCGCCUUGGAAAUACCCAAGAAAGCAACAUCUGCUAUUAAAAAACAACAUAGACAUACUGUUGGUGAAAAGAGCUGUAAAGAUUGUACACACCCCAGAGUUAACACCAGGGUUUUAUUCUCACAUCUUCCUGGUACCUGAGAAGUGAUCCACAAUCUCUCCAUGUUCAAUGAGCGUUAUCUGAAACGUCCACCUUAUUUCCGCCUCACCACAUUGAGACUGCUCAGAACCAGCAUCAAUGCAUUUAAUUCCUUGAUCAGUCUACCUGCAUAUACCUAUCCAUCCCUCCGACCACAGGUUCCUCAGGUUCCAGUUCAAUAGAGUUCACUACCAAUGGGCAGUUCUCCCAUUUGGCAUUUCAGUGGCCCCGUCGCUACUGACACAAAUAAUGAAGCCCAUAACUGCGUUUCUACACCUGAGGAACAUUUGGUUCGAGUUGUACAUAGAAGACUGUCUCCUGGGUCAUCAACACAUACUGACGUUAGUACGCCAUCGAGAAGUUAUCAGACGACUACUGUAUCAACAAGGCGAAGUUGGAGUGAACACCAUCUUAUCUUCUCUAGUUCAUAGGAGGCCUGUUCCAGACAGACCAGGAUCCCUAUCAGACCGAGGUGACAGAUGGCUCAAGAUUGUACACCUCUUGUCACCUGCACUACACCAAACACACGCUUCAUCAAUGGCGAGUGUUACUCACUUUGGCACAGGACUUAACCACCAGAGGCCGAUUACAACUGCGCCCAAUCCAACAAUUACUGAACCCUUACAUCAGACGUCAGGAUCCACUCAAAGCCAUCACUCUACUGGUCCAUCUUAAGCCUUACCGGUACUUCAAUUGGUGGAUGGUAGAGUUGAAUAUCUUAGGAGGAGUCUCUUUAUCCGUGUUAUCCCCGAAAAUACACCUGUUCGUAGACGCCUCCCUUCAGGGCAGGGUUGCCCACCUGCAAGGCCAGACAGCCUCAGGGCUAUGGUCCGGCGCUCAUCAAAAUUGGCACAUAAACAAUCGUGAGUUGGAAAUUCUGGCCAUCUCUCAUUGGCAGAAUCAGCUACAGUUCGCACAGCUUGCAAUAUCCAAAGACAACAGCACUGUGGUGCAUGCGCAGUCAGGGAAAACGCACUACCCCUCCCUUCUUCAAAAGACAUUCAGGUUCUUCCAUCAAGUCGAUCGUCUGGAACUACAAUUCAUAGUUCAGCACAUCCCUGGAUGUCGGAACAUACUGGCCAAUGCAUUAUCUUGUGGUCCAACCGGCUCAUCAACCCUCACAGAAAAUUGCCUCGCCCAAUACCAGUCUGCACGCUUAAAUCUACCAGAGGAUUAAAUGAUGAUAAGUGGGGGUCUUUCGAGGCAAGGCAAAAAACCAAGAUCUCACAACUGCGUCACCACAGUUCCUAGCCGAAUACCUCCUACAUUUGUGUAUCAAGAAACACUUGAAAGGUAGCACCAUUACUACAUAUUUGGUAACACUUAACUUAAAUCGCAAAAUGACCAAGGUCCCGGAACUACAGUACCUACUACGCUCUUUCAGGCUUGAGGAUCAGAGGGCCAAGUUCCGUCACCCUGCUUGUCUUAUAUUUUUGUGAGGUGUCUGACAAAUGGUGUAUGAUCAGGACUAAUCCAUUUUACCACUUGGGUAACAGGCAUUGGAGAUUGGGAGAACUCAGCCGUGACAUUUGUGAUUUUAAGGUAUCUGACAAAUAGGGUGUCUGACAAAUGAGGUGAGACCCGAAGUUCUAUACCCAAAUCGACGAUACUGAGAAUCGAUCCCGAGAGUGGCCAGGCGAACCAGAAUGCCGAUCCUGAGACAAUUGAUCCUGAGGCGAGCAAUCCUUAGAUGAGCGAUCCUUACAUGAGUGAUCCUUAGAGUGUUGAUUGUGCGAUUGACUUUGUUUUACUCUUGUAAGAAGCGUGAGACCAAUCAUACUCUGUCGAUCCUUAGAGCGCUAAUCCUUAGAUGAGCAUCGAUCCUGAGAGCGGCGAACUUCCGAUGAUCGUGUUGAUCCUUGGGGGUGGGCUCAUCCUUCUAAAACCAAACCUCCAAUCCUAAUCGUUAGAGUGCUGAUCUUGGUAGAGGGAUUCUGUGAACGUUGAAUCCUGUGAUCGCCGAUUCUGAGGACGUCCAGAUGAGCCUGAGUGUCGAUCCUGUGAAAGAGUCGAGUCGUAGACGAUGAGUUUGAGCAACUUCCCUCUUUUGAACUGGAAGAUCAAAUGAAAUCAAAGAAACAGCACCAGAGGACAUCUGGGUCAUCACUGCAGGUGAAGUGACGCAAUCUGAAGCAGAGCAUUCAGCAAUGUCAGCAAUAAUACACAUUUGCGAAGAAGACUAUGAAAGCCUAAUCAUAGACACCCUGGAACUUACUGUGAAGGGAGGGUUGGAGUGGACAAUCCUUGAACAACCAAGACUUCUGUUGCUUAAACCAGGCGCACAGCUCGCGGAACCGAUGCCGAUAUAGACCCCGACGAAUCCUCCAGAAUAGACUGCUUGUCAAGGGUAGCACGGAUGUCAUCAUCUUCGACAGAGAGCACAGUUGGUGACCAUUGUUCCGGGGUUGAAAUCAACUGGGAAGACAGGAGGGAAGCUGUUGCGUCGCCCCCAGGUCCCUAAGCCUCUGCCCCCACUGUCUCCGUGUCCCUCUCCUAAAACAGACAGCUGCUUCAGUCCAGGCAAAACCUAUGAAGCAUACAAUGAAGUGGAUUCCCUGCGGUGUGACUCACAAGAGAUUGAUUUUUACCAGUCAAUGUCACCAAUUCCAAGCGGGGCCCCAAGUCUGGUGUCCCCGCCCCCCUCAGAGUCUGUCCCCACCAGGAGAACAUUCAGGAUGAACACAUACACUUCUCCUGAAAGUCACGGCACAUCCUUUAUCAGUAGAGAUGAUCUGAAGUAUGUUUUGGAUCCUCUUUUUCGAGGUCGCAGCACAGUGGGGACAUAUAUUGAUGGAAAAAGACUAACAAAACCUUUCAAACCCCGAGGGCCUGACCCGUUCCCACCCAGAGAACCAAGAACAAUUAAUGAGGUGUGGUUUGACUGUGAGCCUGAUGAGAUGAGAUACUAUCAGCCACCUACAUUUACGCUUGAUAACUUUUUAAGGCAUGUUGCAAGGAUGAACCAUGUGCCAAUGAGGAGAGUUAAAGAAGCUGUGUGUUCUCAGCACAAUUAUAAAAAACUCACUAAAUUACUGGCAGAAACGCACAUAUACCCACCGGUUCAGCAAACUGUGCAUCAAGUGACGUUCACCCCGGAAGGUCAGAAUGUGCCUGCAUGUGAACCGCGCAUCCCCCAGCGCCAACUGUUGUAUGAGAUGGCAGCAAUGAUCAAGUCCCACGUACGAGAACUCAUCAAUACAGAGGUGAAAACAGUCAUCAAACAAAUGCCAAAGUACAGCCCUUCCUACCAGAGUGACAAAAUGCCUCACACAGAAAUCAUUCUGUAUGAAGAUGACACUGUUGAGAGACUGAGCUUCAUAUCCAAGAAGAAAGUAGAUUCUGAACUGCCAGCCUCGGAUGCAGUCUUCCAUUCAGCACAGACCCAGUACUUCCAGGGCUCAGGGAGGAGUCGCUCGCCCUUCACUGUGCCGGAUGACGGAGUUAUCUCCCCUUCAGAACUAGCCAUUCUGGACUCUCUGAUCAGUGGAGGAACAGCACUCAGCCUCAAGGCCCACUUCAUAUCAGAAGUGCCCGAUGUGACACCUUUAGUGAAGACUGUCACCUACCUCAACCUGUCCUUCAAUGACUUCAGAGGCUUGCCCCUGGAGGUUCUGGAGAUGAGUGAGUUAGAAGUGCUGAAACUGAGGAAUAACCCCCUGAUAGAGCUUCCCCCAGACAUUAACAAGCUGGGCAAACUGAGGACAUUAGUCGUGUCCUUCUGUCUCAUGUCCUCCCUGCCCAUCAGCCUCUUUGACAUGACAUCCAUAGAACAUCUUGAUAUCUCCUACAACAGAAUCACCUUCAUUCCAAAUGAAAUCUGCAAACUAAGAAAACUACUGGAGUUGAAUGUGGAGGGGAACCAGCUCCCUGCGCUGCCAGGAUCUGCCUGUCGCCUUAGUCUACGCUCUGUCAAUGUCAGGAACAACCUCAUGCACCCACUCUUCUGGCGGGAUAGCACCAAGAACCAACCACAGAGGUUGAUCGACCUUGCUGCCCUGGCCAUUCACAACUCGGAGUUGGUUGAGACAGCCCUGCCCCAGGCUGUGUGUUCAGUAUUACAGAGCAAAGAUACCUGUGACUGCUGUAGAGGGGCGCUUUUUGGCCCUGGUCUGAGGAUAAUUCGACCAGUCACUAACAUAUUUGGAGUGAAGAACUUGCCUUUUUUGUUUCGAUCGUGUUCUACAUUGUGUCUGUAUGUGUUCAGGCACAGCACAGACACACUAGCCCAGAUGCUGUAUGGUGGUGAUGCCAUUAAGGGCCUGUGAACAUGCCACCACCACACACACCAGACAUAUACACUGCUUGGCCUUCGCAUGUAGGGAUUAUAUGGCAAAUGCAUGUCAGAUAUGACAACAGUAAUCAUGCAGAAAAGAUCAACUGUGUCAGGAGAUCUUUGUGAAGGUAAAAUGAAAAUCUUGGCAGUAUCUAAGUCUAUGUUAGAUUGAACAUGAUACUUUCAGAAAAAAAAAAUUAGCUUUUGAUGAAUGUGACAUAUUAUACUUGUCAGAAGUGUUUGAAGUCAAAAUGAGGAUGUUUGACACUUGAAGAUUGUUUAUAAAAUAAUGCUUGUUAA